GCAAGCGCAGCUGCGGUUGGUUGGUGUGUUGCUGCAUGUGCCACUGCGGUGUGUCCAGGGACCGGCCGCCCCGACCGUCACAUGACUUGCUCCCAGGCGCUGGCGCUGCUCGCGCUCGUCGCCGUCUCGCAACAGGCAACAACAGGAUGCAAAAACUGUAUUAUGCUGGGUAAGGAGGAGAAGGCGAUGUUCCGCGCGCACUCGGAGGCGUGCCUGGCGACGUCGCGCGUGGAGCCGCGGCUGGUGGACGCCAUGCUGGCGGGCGAGCUGCUGGACGAGCCCGCGCUGCGCAAGCACGUCUACUGCGUGCUCCUCAAGUGCAAGCUCAUCAGCAAGGACGGCAAGCUGCAGAAGGCCGCCGUGCUCGGCAAAAUGGCUGCCCGACCUGACGCCAAAAACGCUACCAAGGUUCUGGAGAGUUGUGCAGACCAGACGGGCGACACACCUGAAGACCUGGCAUGGAAUCUGUUCCGCUGUGGUUACGACAAGAAGGCGCUGCUAUUCGACUACAUGCCAACAAACGGCGCGAACGAGUCCGACAAUAACUCCUAACUAGUUCUCCCCGGUCUCCAGAGAUGGCGCUGUUAAUAUUUAGCACUAUUUAAAACUUGUUUUGUUCGUGAAUAUACCUUAUAUCUUCGAACCAGGUUUCCAAAAUAUUUUCUUUAUCGAAAUUAUACCCUUGC